GAUGGAGGAUUUGUAGUUAACAGUAAUAUAAUAUGUGUUUUAUGACAAAUGUAAUUUGGGUGAGAAAGUUGAAAGAUGGUAAAAAGCUUACCUACAAAAUCUCGCGAUAUCUUCGCAUUGUUCAAUGGCUGGUCGGCGGUAAUGUUACACAACAUGUUUGCUAACAUGACAACGCCUUCCUGAAACACAUCGAAUAUAAACAUCAAAUAUAACUCAGCGUGAAAAAACGGAAUAUCAAAAGUGCUCUCAAAUACAGUUAAGAGGGCUGCGGCGUCUACUUCAGUUGCAUAACUUCUGAGUUCCUUCCAACCGAAAUGCCAGAGGGACCCGAACUCCACCUGGCCAGCCUUUAUGUGAACAGAAUGUGCGAGGGGGUGGUGUUUGCUGGACCUGUCAUGAAGUCUGAUGUCAGCAAGAGCCCCGACGUGGCCUUCGCCUGCCAUGCGUACCGCAUCAACGCCACUUCCAGAGGGAAGGAAGUGAAGCUCACGCUGACGCCCAUCAAGAGUGACGCCAAAGAGGCGCAGCAGCCGGUGGACAUUGUCUUUCGCUUUGGCAUGUCAGGGUUCUUCCGCUUCACCGCCGUGGAUGAGCUUCCCAAGCAUGCCCAUCUGCGCUUUUAUUCCAAGGAGGAGCCUGGCAGAGUGCUGAGCUACGUGGAUGCACGCAGGUUCGGCAGCUGGCAGCCAAAUGGGAAGUGGCAGCCUGACAGAGGACCCUGCAUCAUGUUUGAGUACAGAAGCUUCAGGGAGAAAGUGGUGUCGCAUCUGUCUGACCGUGUCUUUGAUCGACCCAUCUGUGAAGUCCUGCUCAACCAGAAGUACUUCAACGGCAUUGGGAACUACCUCAGGGCUGAAAUCCUUCAUAGGUUAAACAUCCCACCCUUUGUGCCGGCCCGGACUGUUCUGGAAGGCCUCCAGUCAGAGGAUGCGUGUGAAGACAAGAAAGAUGUAAAAAAGGAGAUCCUCAGCAAAAAGGGAGCUAAAAAGGGCAAAAUGGAAGAGGAGAAAGCAGACCUGCUCAGACUUUGCCACACAGUACCGCUGGAGGUGGUCAACUUAGGUGGGAAAGGUUACGAUCCACAGAAGGCAGACUACUCAGAUUUUGAGGGCUGGUUGCAGUGUUACUACGUGGAAGGAAUGAAGUCUGUACGCGACCACAACGGCAGGACUAUGUGGUUUCAAGGCGAUCCAGGCCCUAUGGCUCCUAAAGAUUCAAAGUCUCCAAAGGCCAAAAAGAGAAAAGAUACAGAUGCAGACCAUGAUUACACCCGCAAGAAAAAGGUAUAUACAGUGUCCAGGAAACAGAACUCUGACAGCACAGUGAAGAAAAAAGCAGGCAAAAAGCCAAGAAAAGCAGCAAAGGAAGAAGAAAACGUACCUCAAGAAGAAGCCAGACCCAGAAGAAGAUCUGUCAAGUCCUCGGAAGCAAACACACCUCAGCGAGAACCGACAUCCACUUCAGGCAGGAGGAAAAAGAAGAACACAGAGCCAGCAGCAGGCUUCAAGAAACGUAGUGGGAGACUGACAAGACAGAAUGUCAAGUGUCUGUACCUGACACCUUCUACCAGAGGUGGGACCAAGUCAUUGUUUUGCAAGUCACAAGUAAGUCUCAAGUCUUUGCCCUCAAGUCCGAGUCAAGUCCCGAGUCAAGACAGGCAAGCCCCGAGUCAAGUCCAAAGUCAAGACUGGAAAGUCUCAAGUCAAGUCCUAAGUCCUGCAUUUUGAGUUUCGAGUCCUUUCAAGUCCUUUUAACCACAGACUAAUAUAUUAACACAGAUUGUGUAUGCUUUUCAAACGCUGUAUUUAUUUAUUAAAACAAGUGCAUUUUAAAUUGCAGGAAAGAAAAUUGUGCUGACAUUGCACUUUAUAAUAGCACUAUUAACCAGUCAUUUUAAACAUUAACUCAUUCCUUUACAGAACAAACACAUUGAAAAAUAAAGUGCAAAUGUACUUAUUUGUACAAAAGUGUUAACAUUGAAAAAACAUGACAUAUACGUGAACAUAACAAAAAAGUUGUACUUUUUAUAUGUCAGGGCCCUAUGCUGCAUUGCAUUUGCAAAAGACCAAAUUAGCCAAGAGUCUGUCAGUCAUUUGUGCACGAUGGGGGCGUAGUAUGAUGCCACCAUGGCUGAAAACUCGCUCCACUGGAGCACUGGAGGCAGGCACUGCCAAGACUCUCAUGGCCACUCGGAACAGUGAAGGAAGAGUCUUCAUGUUCAAUGCCCAGAACAAAAGGGGGGAGAGAGUUGUUUUGGGUUGGUGCACUACUUGUAAGUGUAUCUUGUGUUUUUUAUGUUGAUUUAAUUAAAAAAAGAAAAAAAAAAUUAUUUCUUGUGCGGCCCGAUACCAAUCGAUCCACGGACCAGUACCGGGCCGCGGCCCGGUGGUUGGGGACCACUGAGGUAAACAACCAACAGUAUGUCAGAAAGCUAGCUAAAACGGUACACAUAUUCAUAAUAUAG